AUGAAUAUAGUAGUCUGGAACUGUAGGGGCGCUCUGAAGCCCAAUUUUCAGAGUUAUGUUCAGGAUCUUGUGAAGUUUCAUGAUCCAACCUUGUUAGUGGUAAUGGAGACUCGUAUAGGUGGUAGCAGGGCUCGUGAUAUUAUUAACCGGCUUCCUUUUGAUGGCGCAAUUCUUACGAAAACGAUUGGGCGAGCUGGGGGUUUAUGGCUCCUCUGGAACUCAAAUAGAGUGGAAGUGACGCAGCUGGCUUGUUCUAAACUAGAAAUUCACACUGCAAUUAAGGUACGUGCCUCUAGCUCUUACUGGAUGUUCUCUGCGGUUUAUGCUAGUCCUAGGAAUGCGGAAAGGCGCAUUUUAUGGGAUAAUCUCUCAAAUGUUGCCGACCUUCAUAAUUUGCCGUGGGUCAUUGCUAGGGAUUUCAAUGAACCCCUUUCUGGGGAUGAUAAAUUUGGAGGAAGAGUGGUUAAUUCCAGCAGGUCUUUGCUCUUCAAAGAAUGCUUGGAUAAAUGCAACAUGGUGGAUUUAGGAUUUUCUGGUCCAAGGUUCACGUGGACUAAUCGAAGGGAAGUUCAGAAACUCAUUCAAGAGAGAAUUGAUAGAUUUUUUGCUAAUCUGGACUGGUGUCUCCUCUAUCCGGAAGCUCGGGUCACCCAUCUCACUAGAUGUCACUCUGACCAUUGUCCGGUUUUGCUUGAGACUAAUCCUCAAAACAGGGUGCGUCUAAACCGCCCUUUUAAAUUUCAAAAAUAUUGGCUUUCGGAUGUGUCUUUUCCCAGAGUGGUAGCUCAGGCCUGGAACCAGUCUUCACAUCUCCAAGAGGCUACGGAGAGUUUUGCGAAAAAGGCCAAUGAGUGGAAUAGGAACCACUUUGGGAACAUAUUUGCCAAAAAAAACCAGAUAAAAGCUCGGCUGAAUAGGGUGCAGCGGGCUAUGGCUACCAGGCCAUCAAGUUCCCUAGUAGAGCUUGAAAACGAGCUCCUUAAGGAGCUGGAUAAUGUUUUAAACCAAGAGCAUGAGUUGUGGGCGCUCAAGUCUCGAGUUAAUUGA